AUGAAACAUCCAAGGCAGCCGACCAACCCGUCCAGUGCAGAAUGUGUUUGCAUUUUGACCUCCAGCUCUUCAGCUCAGCGAUCCCACACCACAUCUUGCCACUCAUCUUCCUCUUCUGACUCACCUGAAAAGACAUCCAAGCCAGCCCAGAAGCAACCCAGUCAGGCUGACAGCAGAGGUACUAGAGCAGCUGGCUUUGGUAACCAUUCAGUCGUUGCUUUGCGUGCCUCUAAGAUCCCAGCUUUGUGCCGUAGUUGUGGGAAACAGCCACCUUCUCCCGACUCAUUAUCCACUCCUCACUGCUCAGACGCUUCAGAUAGCCUCCAGACCUUCUCCUCUUCUUCCUCCUCCUUCUCUUCUUCUUCUGCAUCAUCACUCGCAGCUUCUUCCACCUCCUCCAGCGGGAAGCGUUUUAUUCUCUACCCUCCUUCCAGCACCUCCAGGUGCGCUUCCCCUUCGUCUUCUCCUUCCUGCACUCGGCGGGCCAAGCAGGCUCUCAUUUGUACUCCCUCGUCCUCCUCCGCCCCACCUUGUUCCUCAUCGUCUUCUUCUUCUUCGUGUGCCUCCAAGUCCCUGAUCCCAUCUCUGAACUUGAGUCGUCUGCUCCCCUCGUCUAGCCGAGUCUCGUCAGUGUCCUGCGUGACCGCAAACCUUGAAGAAGGACCUCACAGCAGCCAACGUCAGCAUCGCCUCACGCACACCUCCAAUGCUGCCUCCGCCUCUCAGCUCACCUACUACUCUUCUUCAUCCUCACCAUGCUCCUCUUCUACCUCCUCCUCGUCCUCCCCGCCCUCACCCCCCUCCUCUCUCCUCCAUAACAUGAUGGGCAGUCAUGGAGGGAGGGGUCUUCCAGCAUCGUCGUCCAACUCCGAUCCUCUCAAGAAAUGCGUUGGAGCCCGAAGUAGCAACACACAACGCUGGUAA